AUGCCCAGAAGGCAAAAGACAUCGUCCUCUUGCUUCGAUAAAUCUGUCAAUAGAUUACAACAUUUGAGUCUCGAUGACAAGAAGAAGGGGAAGAAGAAGGAGAUCAAGAAGCUUCACCUAGUCCUUGAUUUGGACCACACGCUUAUCCACUCCACUCUUGUUUCGCAACUCUCUAAAAAAGAGAAGUAUCUACUCGAACAAGCUGAUGCAAGGCUUGAUCUUUGGAGAUUCAACAAAGGCCAUUCCAAUGAAUACAUCGUUAAACUUCGACCUUUUCUUCAUGAAUUUCUAUUGGAAGCAGACAAGCAUUUCACAAUGCAUGUUUACACAAUGGGGUUAUCCACUUACGCACACACCGUGUUGAAGUUGAUUGAUCCAGAGGAAGUAUACUUUGGAGAUCGAGUCAUAACCAGUAAAGAAAGUCCUAAAGAGAAGACACUCGAUCUUGUUGUGGCUGAUAAGCAAAGAGUCGUAAUUGUGGAUGAUACUAUUGAUGUCUGGCCUCAUGACAAGAGCAGCUUGUUGCAGAUCACCAAGUACGUAUACUUCAGAGACGGUGAUGAUAAUCCAAAGUCCAAGUCUUACGCAGAAAAGAAGUUAGACGAGAGCUCAGACAACGGAUCAUUGGCGAAUGUUCUGAAAUUUCUCCAGGAUGUUCACAAAAGAUUCGAAAAGGAGUUAGAUUCACAAGACUUGAGGCCGAUGAUACAUGAUCCUUCCCGACUUGGCUGCUUCUGA